AUGACCCAGGCGAUGAGGAGAAGCCAAGAUGCAAGCGAUGCCAACAGAAAAGCUUGCCCUGCUCGCGACCUACCAAAAGGACCAUUUUUCGACACGGCGCCACAGCGCGUUUCGACAAGGACCAACAAUGGGUCAAUAGCUCUGCGCGACAAUGUAAGGCGUGCGAGCUGGAGCGCCAUCGAUCUCGCAUUCAAUGUACUUACUGCCAAGCCAGUUCGCGUCCAAACGACGGGGGAGACGUCUCCGAGCGAUGCCGAGGCCGAGUCGCCGCCGCCGGAUGUCCGCAACAUGUCUGACACGACCACGGCGGCCGAUGCCCCUUCCAGCCACUCCUCGUCGUAUUCUACGCCCAUCGAGACGCCGCACAGCGCCUCUGACCAGGUACACGCGUCCCAUCUGGCGCGGCCCGACGCGGCGGCGGUGCAGAGGCCCAAUAUCCCAUCCAUUUCCUACUUGAACGCGGCGCUGAGCCCGCCAAUUGGGCUUCCAGGGAUCGCCAGUCUCACGGCGCAGCCAACACUCGGUACGGAAGACGGCGCCAACCUGCGCCAAUUUCCCCUGCAGGAAGCACAAGAAGCAUGUCUACUUCGGUACUUUAUCGACGAAAUAUCACAAUGGUUUGACCUGUGUGAUGAGAAUCGACAUUUUCAGCUCGUCGUGCCGUUGAAAGCGAGAAAGCAUGCGCAUCUGCUCAACGCCAUUUUUGCCGUCUCCGCACGCCAUCUCAGCCGACUGCCCCAGUACAAGACGCCGCAUGGCAUCCUGUACCAGGGCCAGCUUCUUACCAAGCUUGGAAACCACGACGCGGUCGAAUACAUGCUCAAGUGCAUCCCCGCCUUCCGCCGGUUCCAUGAAAACGAAGACGAUGAUUUCCGCGAAAGCAUCAUCGCGACUGCCGUCAUCCUGCGCCAACUCGAAGAAAUCGACGAGGAAGAUGAAGCCGACGACGACUACCCCAUGACGGGCGACGACGAGUACCUUCACGAGAAGCAAAUCAACUUCAUGCCCAUCAUCAACGCCGUGCUGCGCGACCCUGCCUCGCAGGCUAUGCUGGGCCAUCGGAGUCUUAUCCAGGCGUCGUACUGGUUUGCGCUGCGACAGGAAAUCUACCACUCCUUUACCCGCCGAAAGCCGCCCCAGCUCGACCUCCCCGCAGAGUACUGGCAAGGCGCGUCGAAUGUCAACAAGACGGUCAUGCACACUGUACAGGUCGCCAAAUGGCACUGGGGCAGGGGCACCGACGACGAGUUCUUACGCCUGGUGGACCAGCAAAGCUUCCUGGAACACACGGUCCUGGUCAAUACACGGCCGCUCUUUGAAAAGCCGGCCGACAAGCGACAGGGCGAAAUCUUCCCCACCAUCUGGUACACGUCGCACAUUGAGCUGACGAGCAUUCAGCAGUCGCUCAUGGCACGGUCGGUUCUCGUCUCGGAGAAUCCAGAGCAACCUUGUUCGCGCGCGAGUUGGCGCAAAGUGGAAAACGAGGUCCGCAUGCUGAUGCUCGACCUGUGCGGCAUCGCGCUGUGCCACCCGGCUUCGGCGCCGGCGCUCGUCAAUGCCGCGAUUGGUAUUCAGAUGUAUGGCGAUUACUUUACGGACCAGUAUGAGCGGUUGGCUCUCCGCAGCGUGGUGGAAAAGUACCGCGAUGCGCAUGCGUGGCCGUCCCGCGAGGACGCCACUGUCUUUAAUAGCGGCAUAUUAUAG